AUGUCGUUGGUAAAAAUAAUGUUAUCGAUGUUAGAAUUCAGGAAAUUGAUUUUAAAACUUUUCCAAUCAUUCUUCAUUGUGAAUCUGUCAAAUGUGACCGAACAAGGGAAAGAGGUAUUGGAUAUGUUGCUUGGAGCAACUUUAUUACAACUUGAAGAAUUAUCAUAUCAUUUACAGGAUUAUUUAAUUUCUAAAUAUUCGGAUUGGGUUAGACAAAAUUAUUAUCAAAUCCUAACAAAAACAUUUGAAAAGAGAGAAAGAUACGUAAAACUUUGGGAUUACUGUAUGCAAGGGAUUUGCGAGGAUCCAAAGGCAUUAUUUUCUUCAGAAGAAUUCAUCAAAUUGGACAAGGAUAUUUUGUUCGCGAUCUUGAAUCAAGAAACAUUACAAUGCGAAGAAUUAAUCAUUUGGGAAGCAUUAAUUAAAUGGGGCAUUGCACAAUCCCCUACGAUAUCCAAAAAAACUUCCGCAACUAGUUUUGAUACGACCGAUUGGACAGAUGAAGAAUUUAUAACUUUAAAAGGAAUCAUUGAAAAAUUCAUCCCGUGCAUUCAUUUCUUUGAAAUAAGUUCAAAUGAUUUUUAUAAUAAGGUUAGACCGUUUAGACAAACGUUGACACCAGAAUUAUUUGAUGAAGUACUGGGUUAUCACAUGAAGGAAAAAAAACCUAAAUUAUGGCCAAGGUUAGGUAAAGUGGAUUCCGUUAUCAUCAAAUCAAAGCAAGCAACGGCUAUAAGUAAUUUAAUUAAAAAUUAUGAACUCUCAUCACAAAGUGGCACCAAAAAAUGUUCACUGUCCCUUUUAUAUAGAGCUGAUAGAGAUGGAUUUAAUUCUGGUAUAUUUCGCAAUCAAUGUAAUGAUCAAGGUGCUAGUUUAGCUUUGAUUAAAUUGAGUAAUGGGAAAAUUGUUGGUGGUUAUAAUCCUUUGGGUUGGAUGAAGGUUGAUCCUAAAGACAGGACAGAUUACUCUAAAUCCUUUUUAUUUUCUUUUGAACCUAAUUUAGAGGUUAGAUCAUUGAAAAGUGUUGGGGUUAAGAAUCCUAGUUUAGCUUUUGAUAAUCAAACUCAAGCUCUUCAUUUUGGCACUACCGAUUUGAUCAUUAAUGGUCAAAAUGGUAGUUGCGUCGCUAGAGAUUUUCAAAGUCCUAUCGUUAAUACUCGAUCUUUUACGGUUGAAAAUAUUGAAGUUUUUGCUAAAUCAUCGGGACCAUCUGAAGAUGUGCCAAAGCCUGCACGCUUCGUAACAUGUGUUGUUUCAGUUUAUAGCACGUUACCAGGCCAGGCGGUUUACACCAAUGAUUUGAUAAGCCUCCGCCUGUUGGAUUACCAGCGUCCGAAGGUACUUGUCUUCUACGGAGGCGCAAUCGAUCUAAUAGGAAAAGCAAGGCGUUCAGAUAAAGGAGCAAUUGACCAUCACUGA